AUGCAACCAUUGUCGCCGACUUGUGGUCUAGCUGCUCCUGGACAGGCUCGUGCAAAUCCAUCCCGGCCGUUUUGUCGUCGUCGUCAUCGUGGUUGUCGUCGCUGUUGUUUUCGGGAAAAGAGCUGGCACUCGGGCGGAGAGGCGGGCUCACGUGGCGCUGCGCAAGCAACGAAACGUCCCGUCCUCGUCCUGUUGCUGCCGCACGUCGGUCGUCAUCAGUCUCCCUACCCACCAACGUUGCGUGACCGUUUCCACCGUCUGGGCCAGAUACAGGAGUCCCAUGCCGAUGGUGAUGGCGAUGGCGAUGGCGAUGGCGAUGGCGAUGGCGAUGGCGAUGGCGGUGCCGUCACCGCCAGCCAGCAAACAUUGAAAGGAACCACCAAUUCAAGUCACUGUGGCCAUGUGGUUGUGCCGUGGCUUGGGAUGGGUAGGCGGCAGGCAUCGAGGCUUGCCGAGUUCCGUGGCCGUGGGCCCAUCGGCCAUACAUUGAUACAUAUGGUGCUGCAGAUCCGUGCGUGCGUGCGUGCGUGCAUCGUAGGCGUCGGCGGCACGGGCCACGGAAGAGGCCUGGCCUUUUGCUAUCUUUCCUUUAUUUUUGGUUUCAUUGUUGUUUUCAUUCUGUUUUCCGUCCUGGCUGAUGCCCGGCGUGACUGGCCCUCACAUUCACUCCAACUGACAGGCCGCAGCCAGCUUGGGCGGAGCAGCCACUGGCCAGCUGGCUAA